AUGGUAGAAUCGGGCCAUACCUUCGGUCUUGCUACGUCUCUGUUUGGUUGUCCUAAUCCAUGGUUGUACGGUAACGUGUUACCCCCUGAUGGGCCAGUGUCUUAG